AUGGAGUCGGUGGAUCCCUCGAAGAUGAUGCCCAACAGUACCUCCAGUAGCGAACCGCAGGCCUUGACGUUGCACUGGACCCUGGGCAUCAACAAGGAUGUGGUGGCAGGUGUGCACAACCUCUCCGACGCGGAGUCCUCCGACAUGUUCUAUGCAGCCGCCCACACCGGUGUGAUUUUCGACUACAACACAGGGGUCCAACGGCUGUUGCAGGGUCAUGUGAAUCCCAUUUCAGCAACAGCCGUGUCAAAGGACAAGAAGUGGAUCGUGACAGCAGACACAGGGCCAGAUAGCAUGAUGGUGGUGUGGGAGCGGGAGUCUGGCACUCCCGUGAAGACUUUCUUCAACCCUCAUCCUUACGGGGUCCACGCGCUAGAUAUUGCUCCCAAGCUCCAAUAUUUGGUGACUCUGGCAGCACCAACACCUAGCUCAGAUCCCAACGCUUCGCAGCCAGAGAUGAGCCGAGAGGGAAAGAGCAUUCAAAAGGAUGGAGAACAUGGAGAGACGGCCGACUACCAAAGCAUCUCGGUUUGGGAUUGGCCCUCAGAUCAUGAUGGCCCCAUCUGCACCGCGGCAGUGGGCACCAAUGAUGUGCAGACCUGUGUCCUCUUCAAUGCUUGGGACACCCAUGAAAUCGCCACCAACGGCAAACGAAGAGUCUUCUUUUGGACCUGGGAUGUAGAGCAGCCCUUCCAGUUCUACUCUCCAGCCUUAGCUCCCAGGGACUUCAAGCAGCGCAUCGGGGACUACACGCAGACCAUCUUUUUGCCGGAUUCCACGCAAGCUGCCACUGGAACCAUCGAUGGAGAUGUUGUGAUCUGGGACCUCUCACUCAUCGUUGAUGGCCUGAGCCGGCCGGAUGAGCGUAGAGCUGUCAAGAUCAUCAAGCUGUGCCCAGACAUCUCAUUGAACGUCCUGCAGGUUCAUGAGAAAGCCAGAGUGGUCAUCGGAACUGCAGAUGGAGCCGUGCGCUUCUAUGACUACCAGUUCCGUGUUCAGGCCUGGUUUGAAGAUCUCCUGGCGGGCUCCGUGAAGUCCAUCAGCUUCGAGCGCCACGGGGAGGAGGACGACUUCGAUCCCGGCAUCAGCUCUGUCGGUGUGGAGGACGACUUCAAGUGUCCCAAUUUCCUGGUUUCCACGGGCUCCGCUCUGGUGGUCCUUGUGGAAUCCAAGCUCUUCUAUGAGCUGUCGCCAGAGAACCGCCGAGGUCGAUUAGUGUUACAGGGCCUGGAUUCGCCAGUCCAUGGCUUGUGCUGUCAUCCACAGCUUCCGCUGGUGGCGGUCUGCGGCUACUCCGGAUUUCUGCACAUGUGGAACUACAACACCAGAUCAUUGCACUUGGUGAAGAUUUUUGAGAAGCUAGUGCCACAUAUCCUUCAGUUCUCGCCCGAUGGCAAGCUACUGGCGGUGGGGUUUACCAACGGCCACUGCAAGUUGUUGAAGUCCACAGACUUGUCAGAGGUGGUGUCCUUUCGGGACUCGCGCGACUGUGUGACUCACAUCGCCUUCAGUUCGGACAGUAGCCACUUGGCUCUGGCGCAUGCGGAUCGAUCGCUGUGUUUGUACAGGUAUGCUCACCGUCCCAACGACAAGAAUUUCCCCAUGGAAUGGAUGUACUCCGCGAAGCACAAGUCGCACUGGCGCCCCAUUGUGGGGCUUUGCUUCGCAGUGCCAGAACCGGGGAAGCAGCAAAGACUCUUUUCCGUGGGCGAAGAUCGACGACUUGUGGAGUACAGUGUGAAAAGUUCUGAAUUCGGUGGCUUACAGGUCGUUUCACCAGACACGGUGGUGGAGCAGGAGGCGCGUCCCACGGGAUGCAUGUGGUAUCCCUACUGCGGUGGCAAGGGCGACAAUCAGAAGGUCCUGACCAUGAACGAUGAGUACAAAUUCAAGAUCUGGAACACAGUGAACAGAUCUUGCCGAAAGACUGCCUUGGCGCCCACCUAUGGUGGCCCCAUCACCCGUAUGACUCCGGUCUAUGCGGAAGCUGACGGUGAGGAGCAGUUCAUGCUCUAUGCCACCCACGAGAAGGUCUUGGGCUUGGUGCAAUUGCCACUGGAUGGCAAUCCCAACAAGUGCAUGGGCUUAAUCGCCCACCCGGGGCAGAUCGCGAGUAUCUCCGUGGACUACCAGGGACAGUAUGCCUUCACUUGUGGAGGAAGCGAUUUGACGGUGAACCAGUGGUUGAUCGACCCCCAACCUGUGGCCAAUGCCAGUGUCAUGGGUGGAGGGGGCAUUGAGCCCUUCGUGAAACUGCUGGAUGGUGGGGAAGAUGGCGCCUUCUUCUGCGACAUGAAGGACUAUUUCUACUACUCGCAGAUCAGAUCUCAGGAUGAAAACACGACCAAGGCUCGUGUGUUAGAUGGUAUGAUCCCGGUGGAAGAGAUCCCUCACCUGAUGUGUGCCUUGGGAUACUUCCCAACGCAGCUGGAGAUCACCAACAUGACCAACGAAGUGAAAUACUCCAAGUUCGCGGAAACCAGCGAGUACGUGGACCGGAUAGGCUUCGAUGACUUGGUGAAGCUCUACGUGAAUCAUCGGCCGGUCUUUGCUGUGGGCCCCGAGCAGAUCAAACAGGCCUUCGACGCACUGAAAAGACAUGAACCUGGACCCCUCAGUAGAGAAGCCUUCCUGAACCUGCUGACGAGCCACGGCGAGAAGACAUCGCUGGAGGAGUUGGAGCGUUGCUUCGAGGCUCUGGUGGGCGACUCCGCCAUCAACCGCGUCCUGGACGAAGAGGUGGAGGCCUUCGACUUCGCCCACAACGUCUUGGGCCUGGCCGAGGCCGAAGCCGAUGAGUCGCAGGAAGCGAACGUGGCUCAAGCCGAGUGCUCGGAAUGGGCGGGCAACACCACCUUAGCCUUCUCAACGGUGGCGGCACAGGCGCGCCACAUGCAGCCGGAAGUCGUGACGUCAGGCCGGAUGGCCACCUUGCGCAGGGCAAAGGCUCCCCAGCUGCUUCUCCCCAGCAUGUGGGGAACCCCGGGCCUUGGCACGGCGACAGAAGCCAUGAAUCUUCAUGGUCCCUUGCAGCAGCCAUUGAGCGCGCCUUCGGUCGCCCUCGUCUUGCUGGCCCUCCACGGAGCGUCCUUCGUGGGUCGAUGGCCGACCUGGACGUGGCGGCGGAUGCGGCGCCACGCCGGGCCAGGAGGUGUUCUGCCGGAUGGACGACUGAGAGAUGCCUAUGGGAUGGACAUGUCGAUGGAAGGCCGCGAGGGCGUUCUGCGACUCUUCCCUUCACCCAUCUAUCGCAAGCGCCUGCGGUCGGAUGGCUCGGAACUGAAGGCGUUGAAUGAGGAGAUCGCGGUGAAUUUCAAGCGCUUGAUGGUGCGGGAUGAGAAGGGCAUUGAGUGGUCAAAGACCCACUAUGCUGGAGGUUAUACUUCCUAUUUCAGCCUGCCAGCGUUGCAAAAAUGGGUACCGCCCAUCCAGAAAUUGGAGGAAUGGUUGGAGCCGCACAUACAAGAAUUUCGAAAAGAAGCAGGUCUCCGAGAGCCGCAGCUCUUCAUGACGGACUGCUGGGCCAAUGUGAUGGGCCAGGGGACGGAACAUAGCUUUCAUCAGCACAAUCGAUCCACGAUCAGUGGGACGUACUACGUGCAGACACCACGGAAGUGUUCCAGUCUGCUGUUUGAGGAUCCCAGAUUGGACAGGACCGUGGCAAAGCAAGAGAGGCAAAUCAUCGAGUGCCCGGCCAUUGCUGGAUUUGUGGUGCUCUUUGAAAGCUGGCAGCGGCACACUGUUCCGCCCAACGCAGGCGACGACGAGCGGAUGAGCGUCAGUUUCAACUACCACUGGCGCUACGAAGAACCCACCACGGUGUCGUCCAUGAGCCGCGAGGAGCUGCUGCAGCUGGUGGGGAAGCUCCAGGAGGCGCUCAGCGAGGCGCAGAAACAGGUGGAGCAGGGCCGCCUGAGCUGCGAGGCGAAGGAUGAGAAGAUGCAUCAACUCAUCUACGAACGCAAUGCGAUGCAGGCUGAACGCGAUGAGGCUCGACAUGAGCUAGAGAGCCUGAGGACUCAGCAUGGAGUCGCCCAUAGAAGCGCUUCCCAGACGUCGUUGCCGUCGGCUCCGCAGAGCAUGGUCGUGUCACCUGGGUUACAGCCCAGCAGUAGUGCCAAGUGCAUCAAGCCAGAUGCCGCCUUACCACCAGUGCCUAACUCCUGGCAGCCGCCCCAAUCCGCCCGCGAUGGCAAGUGCAUUUCGCCCGUAUCUCCUGUCUCAGGGGGACCUGAAGAAACAGAAGAUGGCGACAUGUUUCCCGGACCUGAUUUUAGUGGCAGCUACCGAGCCUUUGGUCCGAUGGCCACAGUGCCUCAAGUGCCGGCCGUCCCACCGAAUCCCGGAAGGGGUGCAGAAAAGCUGGUUGACAUCUUAGUCACAGUGCCAAGAGCAAACGGCCCAGAAGAUCUUGACAUGUCCAACUACGAGCACUUCAAGGAGACGUUGACAUAUGUUGACGCUGACUUCGUCCCCUUUGGCGGUUUGCCAGGUUGCCUUCCCACACGUGAUGCAUCCCCAGUUCAGGAUAGUGACAUCGGCGAGUGCCUCCGUGCCAUCUGCCCCAGCGUCAUUGGCCGCUACUGCGGGCGGCGUCCGCCUGGCGCCGCGGCCGUCCUUAGUGCGGAAGCCCUGGGUUUUCAGGGUGUGGCCAUGGCUGCUGGCUACGCGGUGAGGCAGAUACGAUCAGGAGCCCGCAAGUUGAAGUUGAUGACUGGCAGCCGUGGGUCCAAUGUGUCCUGCUAUUGCGUGCAAAUCAUCUGCACGCCGAUUGAACGAUCGACCAUGGCUGAGAAGGACGUUCUUUCCUUUGCGGCCGCCACGCAACUGGUGAUGCUGCUGGUCCUCUCCUGGAGCACCGCUUCCCAUUUAGCCUGGUCUGGGCCCAAGGAAGGAGCCCUGUCAGCCGCUGGGCUGCCAAGUCGUGUGGUCAAAGGCGAGGAGCUUCAGGAUAUGAUGCCCAUGGAGCCGUUGUGGGACAUUUUGCUCCCGUUGAUCUCACUGGCUGUGGGGACCAGCCUGGGAGCCUUGGGGAUGCAGAUCACCCUGGGCAUGACCUUUGUGCAGCCCUUGUUGCUACUGCUGCUCCCCUCUUUCCUGACGAUCUUGGAAUCCUUCCACGAACGCUUGUUGGCUUGGCACCUGGGUGGGAUCUUUGGUCAGCCAAUGUUGGUGGCACAAGUGGCGAUCGCUCAUGCCGAGAGGCAUGAAGGUGCUGGCUGUUUGAAAGCCUUUGGAGUGCUGGUGGGGAUCUAUACCCUUGGGGCAGUGCUUGGUGGUCUCAUUCGCAGUCUACUGCAGAUGCUGCCCUGGCCAUAUGCCCAUCAGGCCUGCGCUCAGCUGUUGAUCCUCUUCCUGGUCGUGGGCAACUUGAUGACGAUCUGGCACAAUGGCCACAUGCUGGGGCACCACGAGGAGCACACGCCCCUGUUGAGCGAGCGCAAGAAUCUCAAGGUCUUCAAGGAGCGUUGCAGCAAGUUCCUUGUGAGCGAAGUGCAGCGCGGCCUACGGUCCUUCAGCAGUUCUUCCAGGCACCUUGCAGCCCGCGCGGCGCUGCUUCUGGGUCUGACCUGCAUCAUGGGCCCUGCGCCUUUACCUGCGCUGGAUCUCUUGACUUUCACACUGCAUCCCUCGCGCGCUGCUAACGGCGCCCUGGCGGUCUUCUGGUUCGAUCUGGUGGGCUCCAUUUCCUAUGCCUUCCUGGUCCCAAUGCUCGAUAUCUUGGGAGAUCCGGCUCGCCGGCUGCGAGGUCUGGAUCUGUUCUACUAUCCAUGCUUCGGAUCCCUGAUGCUGGCAUUCUUCGCAGCCAAUUUCCACUUCACCACUGCGAUGAAGGUAUCUGUGACAGCUGGCCUCUUGCUGAGCAGCUGUUGUGCAGUGGUGUCUGCCGUGCUCACGGCAGAUAUGUCGGAGAAGGCCCCGCAUUUGGCAGAUGUGGGUGUGCGCUUGGCCUGGGGUCUUCUCUGUGGCUCCAUGGCGCAGUACAUCGGAGCGCAGCUGGGACAGGCACUCUUCUUGUGGAACUCCUGGAGCGCUGUCUGCGGUUCCGCCUACAUCUGCGUGUGGCUGGCACGCAGGUGGACAUACCAGGCGCUAGAAACUUCAUCCUGA